GGAAUGACGUGUAGACAAAACUUGGCAAGUUUAAGAAAAUGCACGGACAAACCCCAAGACUUCAAACCACAACCACAUACCGCACUUCAAAUCCUGCAAUUUGCAUUGACUAAUACACCACCACCACCACCACCACCACCGGUAUGGACAACAGUCACAUUCUUCUGGUAACUGUCCCAGGACAAGGCCUCAUCAAUCCGUGCCUCCAAUUCGCCAAGAACCUAGUGGCAAUGGGUGUCAAAGUUACCUUUACCACUAGCCUCUCCGCCAUCCGCCGCAUGAACAAAACCACCACAAUCCCACAAGCUUUAACCCUCGCCCCCUUCUCUGAUGGCUACGACAACGGCUUUGAAGAUAUUCAUGAAAUAGAGAGCUUCUCGUCUGCAUUUCGAAUUCACAGUUGUCAAGCCGUCGCGAAUCUAAUCAAUGCGAGCGCAGACGGAGGCCACGCCGUCUCACGCGUGGUGUACACCACUUUUAUGCCAUGGGUAGCAGAAGUGGCACAUGACCAUCACAUCCCUUCCACACUUCUUUGGAUCCAACCAGCAACUGUUUUAGACAUUUACUACUAUUAUUUCAAUGGCUACGGUGAUGUUAUUACUAAAAAUAGCUGUGACCCCUUUUGUCCCAUUGAACUCCCGGGACUUCCAUUGCUCACUCGCCGUGACCUUCCUUCCUUUCUACUCCCUACAGACUACUACAAUUUUUGGAUCAUAGCAUGUGAAAAGCACCUAGACAUGCUUGAUGCCCAAAAAAAUCCACAAGUAUUAGUAAAUACAUUCGACGCAUUGGAAUCCGAUGCUCUACGAGCUAUCAAGAAGCUCAACAUGAUUCCAAUUGGGCCAUUAAUCCCAUCAGCUUUUUUGGAUGGAAAAGAUCCAUCUGAUACUUCAUUUGGAGGUGAUAUGUUUCAGAACUCGACCGAAUAUGUAGAAUGGUUGAACUCGAAGCCAGAGUCCUCUGUUGUUUAUGCAUCAUUCGGAAGCCUUUCAGUGCUCUCGAAGAAACAAAUGGAAGAGAUGGCGCAUGGGUUGUUGGAAAGCCAAAGGCCGUUCUUGUGGGUGAUAAGAGAAACUGAUCAAAAUGGUAAGAAUAUAGAAAACGAAGUAAGUUUCAUGGAGGAAUUAGAAAAGCAAGGGAUGAUAGUGCCAUGGUGUUCUCAAGUGGAGGUUCUGUCACACCCAUCAUUGGGAUGUUUUGUGACGCAUUGCGGGUGGAAUUCUACGCUGGAGAGUUUGGUUUCUGGGGUUCCAGUGGUGGCUUUUCCGCAGUGGACAGAUCAGGGGACUAACGCAAAGCUGAUCACAGAUGUUUGGAAGACGGCAGUGAGGGUGACAGUAAAUGAAGAAGGAAUAGUUGAGAGGGAGGAGUUUAAGAGGUGCAUAGAAAUGGUGAUGGGGGAUGGAGAGGAAGGGAAAGAAAUGAGGGGAAAUGCCAAGAAAUGGAAGGAACUGGCAAAGGAAGCUGUGAAGGAAGGUGGGUCCUCGGACAUAAAUCUUAAAGCUUUUGUCGGUGAGAUCGGAAAUUAACAAGUUGUUAAUUAGUAGGAUGAACUUUGUUCUUGAUUGAAUCUUCAUUUUCUUUCACUUUUGAUUUUCGUUUUGCUAUGUUGUUACAUUUACAGAAAUAAUGUGAUACGUGCCUAUAAAAGGUGAUGUAUUUGGUAUGCUUUUUAAAAUCAAUUAAAUCAUCAGGGUGUGUUUGUAAUACGAA